GAACAAACCAGUGGGUAGAGGGAGGAUUUAAUGGGAACAGAUGGGCCUUUGGUGGAAAGCUGUCCCGUCUCUCCCUCGCAGACUCUGCUCCAUCUGCUGCUCCUGGAGGCUCGCUCUCACCUAAUCGGUCCCUGGCGAGGCGGUGGUAGGGCUGUACGCCACCAUGAACGAGGUGUCGGUCGUCAAAGAAGGCUGGCUUCACAAGAGAGGUGAAUACAUCAAGACCUGGAGACCUCGGUACUUCCUGUUAAAAAGCGACGGUUCAUUCAUUGGGUACAAAGAGAGACCAGAGGUCCCUGACCAGAGUUUGCCCCCUUUAAAUAACUUCUCUGUAGCAGAAUGUCAGCUAAUGAAAACAGAGCGACCCCGGCCCAAUACCUUCGUCAUCCGAUGCUUGCAAUGGACGACGGUUAUUGAAAGGACGUUUCACGUGGAUUCUCCAGAUGAAAGGGAGGAGUGGAUGAGGGCCAUCCAGAUGGUGGCCAAUAGCCUGAAGAAUCAGGAGCCUGGGGAAGACCUGAUGGACUACAAGUGUGGCUCCCCCAGCGACUCCUCCGUGGCCGAGGACAUGGAAGUGGCCGUCAGUAAAACCCGGACAAAGGCGACCAUGAACGACUUCGACUAUCUCAAGCUCCUGGGCAAAGGCACCUUUGGCAAAGUCAUCCUGGUGCGGGAGAAGGCUACAGGGCGCUACUACGCCAUGAAGAUCCUGAGGAAGGAGGUCAUCAUCGCCAAGGAUGAGGUUGCCCACACAGUCACUGAGAGUCGAGUCCUGCAGAAUACGAGGCACCCAUUUCUCACAGCACUGAAGUAUGCCUUUCAGACCAAUGACCGCCUGUGCUUUGUGAUGGAAUAUGCCAACGGUGGGGAGCUCUUUUUCCACCUGUCGAGGGAGCGGGUCUUCACAGAGGACAGAGCCCGGUUCUAUGGGGCCGAGAUCGUCUCUGCUCUGGAGUACCUGCACUCCCGGGAUGUGGUCUAUCGGGACAUCAAGCUGGAGAACCUCAUGCUGGAUAAAGACGGGCACAUCAAGAUCACCGACUUUGGCCUCUGCAAGGAGGGCAUCUCUGACGGGGCCACCAUGAAGACCUUCUGUGGCACCCCAGAGUACCUGGCCCCUGAGGUGCUGGAGGACAACGACUACGGGCGGGCAGUGGACUGGUGGGGGCUGGGCGUAGUGAUGUACGAGAUGACGUGUGGCCGGCUGCCCUUCUACAACCAGGACCACGAACGCCUCUUCGAGCUGAUUCUCAUGGAGGAGAUCCGUUUCCCUCGCACGUUGAGCCCCGAGGCCAAGUCUCUACUGGCUGGGCUCCUGAAAAAGGACCCCAAACAGAGGCUGGGUGGAGGGCCCAGGGACGCCAAGGAAGUCAUGGAGCACCGCUUCUUCUCGGCCAUCAAUUGGCAGGAUGUCUUACAGAAGAAGCUCCCUCCCCCAUUUAAGCCCCAGGUCACGUCGGAGAUUGACACACGGUACUUUGAUGAUGAAUUCACAGCACAGUCCAUCACCAUCACCCCCCCAGACCGAUAUGACAGCAUGGGGUCUCUUGAGCCUGACCAGCGCACCCACUUCCCCCAGUUCUCUUACUCAGCCAGCAUCCGAGAGUGACUUGACCGUUUCAACGGAUCCUGGGCAGGAUGGACAGGAUGGCUGCUGAGGCCAUAGGCACCUCCUUUCUGGGUUACUUUGCCUGUGGCCCCAUCCCCACCCUCACCCACAUGCUUUUCUUCUCCUCCCUGACCUUGCCUGUGAAGGAUCUGAUCCUUCAUCUCUCCUGCCUGAUGGUCACUUGCUAGCCCUGACUGGCCCCGGUGGGCUCAGGCAGGGAGAGGGCAGAGGCGCAGGGAGACUUUUUAACCAAGCCCCAAGCCCCCCACCCUGCUCCCAAGGUACUUGGAACUCAGUGAAAGCCAGCUCCCUGUUGGCCUUGUGACCUGGACAUCCCUAAGGGGAGAGUGGAAGCCCUCCCAAUCCCUGCCCUGACCAGGAGGCUCCUGGGUUCCCAUAUCUCCUGGGCCUGAGCUGUUUCCUCAAGGGUCAGGUGGCAGAUGUGGCCAACCUUGUCUCUGACUGGGCACGAAGGAUGUCUUUGCCAGUCCUCAGAAGGAACCUAGGAUCCCUUCUCCCUCUACUGGCUUAGGGCGAGCUGUGGUGCUUUAUCCCUGGACUGUCAGCCGUCAGCCCUUCUCCCUUGGCUUCAGAUUCCCGGCAGUUCACUGGCCCAGCCUGGCUCUGCCCUCAGACCUUAUGCCCAAGUCAGGAGAAUGCCCAGCAGUGGCCCCCCCUUGCCAGUGAUGGGCAGGCAGCUACUAAAGCAAUAAUGUCUUCGUACCCGAGCAGCCUUAAAGCCAGAUGCCCCCAAAGUUGGGGUGCCUGCUCAUGCCCUGCCACCUUCUUUGUAGUGGCCCAGCUAAGGCCAUCUCUGAGCAGCUCCUCCCGGCUGCCUCCCUUUUUGCCCUCUGGCAUUUCAGAAGCUCCCUAGGGUAGCAUAAGGGCAGGAUUGUAGGGGCUUCCCUUCUUCUCUACCCCACGUCCCCAGUUUCUUCCUCACUGGAUGAGAUUGGCUGAGAGUAAGGGGAAGAGCCUUCUGCCCCUCUCUCUCCACAGACCCAGUGGGGUGCUCAUUAGGGUGGUGCAGCUGUGGGCAGCUCAGGCUGCCUGGAAGGAAAGCGGCCACUUUCUCUCUAAGGAGACGCAGGGUAUGGGAGCAAGCCCUAGAUGAGCUUGGGCAGGCCUGGCUCUACGUGCUGAAAGCUGGACCCCCAGAGCAGUAGCCCCCCUGUUAGGGGGAGAGCACACCUGGGGCAGGAGCCAGAGGAUUGGGGACUUGCCUUACCGUGGGCACAGGGAAGCAGGGGAGACAGCUCUGGCCCCCCUGGCCCUUUCCCCUCUCCCAGACACAGCCUCCUGGCCACCCUGGCUUGUGGCCACCCCACUGGGAACUCGGGACCCUCUCUGUCCCAGUGCCUUAUCUGGUUAACGCAAUGGCCUCUUCCUCCCCAGAGUGAAAGGGGAAGCCCAGGGAACAUCGGGGAUCGGAGGCAUGGGGGAACUUUGGCUUCUGUUUGAUGAAGGCUCUGCUAGAGUCUUGUCACAUCUCUCCCCUCCUCCCCAUCUUAGCCUGCUUUCCUUCCUCUUUCAAUAUCUUCAUCUCCCUCCUGGGGCUUGUACAUGGCCGGCCAGGUUCUGAUCCUCUCAGUUCCAGUCACCCCAUCCCCAUUCCUCAGCCUCCCCUAAAGCUGCUGGCUGGGCCAGAGCUUCAGACGAUUGGGGUGCCCCAGGGCAGGCUUCCUGGGUCAGCCCCCUCCGCCCCCAGCAGAGGCUUCAGGGCAUAGCUAUAACAGGAGCCCAGGGCCCAGGUGGCUGGAAGGGCCAAGUCAGGGCCUUGGAAAGGAGGGCGGGUGGGCAGGCCACACCAGAGCCAUUGGGAAGUGGAGUUCCUGCUUUGGGCCGGGCCCGGUAACACGUCCUCCACCCCCCCCCCCCCGAGUCCCCCAGGGACUGGCAGGGGGUUUCCAACUGUUACAGAUUCCUUAACGCAACAGUGUUCAGGCUCCCGGCUCCUUGGGGGUUUCAGAAAGGAGUGACGGGGCUGUUAGGUCAAAGUUCUCGGUUCAGGGCAUCUGCCUGAGGUGACCCCAUUUCCCUUUCUACGUCUCAUGAGGCCUGCUGCCCAUGGGGUACCAGAAGAACCUUACGAUGGGGGGAGGGCCGGGGGAGCCCGCCACAGGGCCCCUCGUCAGCUGGUUGGGCUCUGCCGAAACCCAAGCACUUAGCCCUGAAGUCCUGAGGGUUUGGGUACUGCGCCUCCCCCCACUGCCCUGCCCCGAUGUCUCCUUCUGCUCACCACAGACCGAUCCAGUUUGUGGGGUGGGAAGGGGACCUGCAGGCCUCAGGGAGGUGUUGGAGGCUCCCCCAACCCAUCUGCCGCAUUCCUUGCUCAUUUCUGGAUUGGAAGCAGGGAGGACCAAGCAAUGGCUCCUCACAGCAGAUGCAAGAUCUCGGGCUUGGGUCCCCUUUGUGUGUGUGCAUGUGUGCGUCUGUGUGAGUGUGUGUGUAUACAUAUACAUACAUAUAUAUGUAUAUAUGUUAGGGAUGGGUCCUCCCCCAGGAUCCUUGGGGUGGGGAGAGUGGGCCAGGGAUGGGAAGGGCUCCUGCCCCACCCCAGGGACACCCCCACCCUGGGGGCUGCUGCAGCUCACAGGAAACAGUGCAAUGGGACAUGAGGGUCCCUCCUGGCUUCCUCCUUUGGGGGUGGGGGGUGGGAGGUUUUCAG